AUGCACAGUCGCGACACCAGCCCCUCCGCCUUUGACGCCCCGAAUGAACUCACGUCCAAGGCCGCCGAGAAUCUGAAGUGCCCGCUGUUGAGGCUGCCAGACGACAUCUUCCGCUGCGUCACCGACUAUCUCGACCGCGACGCGGCAUGGAGCCUGAAGAAGCUGUGCAAGGGCAUGGCGACCAGCAAGACGGUGAACCAGCUGCUGUACAACUACCCCAUACAACUGAACGAGGUGCGCGACCUCAGGCUGGGCGACUGGAAGUACAGGGGCAGCGGCAUGAUACGGUGGGAGGCCUUCAAAGAGAGCAUCAACGACUCCAACCGGAACUACGUGCACAAGCUGGCCAUGUCGCACUGGGCGAGCAUCGACGAUUUCCAGUGGAUAGAAAAGAACCUGCCCUCGCUGACGGGCUUGGACAUAUCCGCCAUCAAGGACUUUGUCUGGACGCCCGAACUCACUUGGACGUGGAAGAUGCUGGCGGAUGCCUGUCCAAACCUGUUUGCUCGCCUCGAGGAGCUGGAGGUAGCCAACUGGGCCGAUUACACCGCACACUCGCGCAUCGAGUAUAGCUACUCGUACAACGACUAUCGCUUCAAGCAGAAGUACCGUAUAUCGAGGCGGAGAGAUGGCGGGUCCAUCGCCAAGAUGAUAUUUCCUUCGUGCACAAAACUCAAAACGCUUGCCAUCCGAGAGCGCUACUCUGGUUUCCACACAUGGAAUGAGUGGGAGGUUCACCAGCGCGUAUGCUGUCUCGUCGACGGCGUACAGGAACACUGUUCAUCAACACUGACCAAGCUGAGAGUUCACGACUACGCCCCCUACCGAUCGCUCUUCUCGACCGACGCCACAGCAUGGUCACGCCUCACGGAUGUCGAGAUUGGCCUCUAUUCUUGGAUGGAGGACCGCCGCGAGCGAGACGUCAUCGGUCCAAUACCAUACCGCAUAACCGCUGGGAGUACACAUCGCGACGAGGAGGAAGCGUUCGACGACAAGACCUUCGACACUUGCAAACGCGAUCACAUGGUUCUAGGGAACGACGUCGUUCAAGGAGUCGGCGCCUCGUUUGAAGAUCUACUACAGAGUCUCCAGACUAUCAGCCAGAAGUACCCUAACAUCAAGAUCAAGCCGAUCCGUGACCUCCACAACAUCACAUUACACCCGUUUCACCUCGUCAAUGUCAUGCAGCGACGACAUCACUUCCCGCAGCUCACUCAAAACAACGCCCAAGCACAAAGCGACCCGAUCGCCAAUGAGGGAGUCCAGGAAGCGCUGCGUUGGUUAGCUCAAAAGUGUGACUGGAAGCCUAUCCUCGCAUGGGACUCGAUGAUGUGUGACGUUUUCCCAGCCAAUCUCGAACCCAACCGAACCUUCCUUCCCAAGCCAGAUGUCCUCUCCCGCAUACAAACAAUGGUGUCCACCCUCCGCGACCUGAACAUUCCCAUCCGCAUCUCCAUCGGCGACCGCAGCAACACAUGUCCGUCCUCCGGCCUGGACGGGUCACUCUACUUCGGCGACUACAAGACCUUCAUCGGCGACGACGACGACAAGCUCGAAAUGGUGCUCCCAACACAAGCCUCCUUCAACCUAACCCACAUCGCGCCCAUGGUCGACGAGCUCACAAUCCAAUACCCCGUCGACGUCCCCGGCGUAAGCGGCUGGAUGCGCGCCGCCAAACGGCCCACACGCGCAGAAAAAGCCCUCAUGGAGCGCGAAAUGACAGGCUGGCGCCGCUUCUGGGCGCGCUACGCCAGCCAGUUCAAGAACCUCAAAAAACUCACAGCUAACAUCCCAAACGACAUCUACGACGACUGGGGCCACACCGCGCUCCCCCUGCUGCUGCAUGACGCCCGCUGGGAUAUGCUCACCGUGCCUGACAACGGCGGCGACUACGGCUUCUUCGCGAGAAACUUCCCCUUCAGCUCUAUCAGGUAUAGCUUUAGUCGCAAGCGCUCGCGCACGAAGUUCGUUCAGCGCGUCUUCUUCCGCUUGGAUGAUGCGCCGCUUGAACUCCCGCUCGACGACCUCCCUGCGCUCUCGGCUCAGGAGCGCGAUGAGCGCAAAAUCGACGAUGAAAUGAUUUCCGGGAGGGGCGGCGCGCCGCAUCGCUUCUGGCCCGUCGAAGACGAGGCCGCUAAGGAGAACAGCGAGAAGCGCAAGCGCGCUGAGGAGGAGGAGAGUGGGAAGCUUGCGCGUGGGGAGGAGGAUGAGGAGGAUGUUGUGGAGCAGUUGAGGAAGAAGCAGAAGACGGGGAGUAGGGAGGAGAUGCAUGCUGGCAUGCAGAUGAUUAAUGACUUGACGCGGAAUAUUCUGGAGGGCGCGUGA